AUGGCAAAUAAAGACGAAGAACAGUUAUUACAAGAUGCUUCAACAUUAUUGAUGUUCGCUAAUGUAGCAGCUCAACAACAACUGAAUCAAGGCUCACCUAAUCUGACUAUAUUAUCACCUCCUUUAAAUAAUAUUCAACCUUUAAAUAAUAAUAAAGAAAUUUCACCUCCUCAUCAACAAUUACAACAAUCAUUAUCAAAUAGUGAAACAUCACCUAAUAUAUCAUCCAAACCACUUCCGCAACCAUUACCUUUACCUCAACAACAACCACAACAACAUUAUCAACAGCAUUCACGAUCAAAUAAUCAAUAUUCUCCACCACAGUUUCAAACAAAUCCUCAAAUACCGGUUCAAUCCAUAGACUCAGCACAACAAAACUCAUUUAUAAAUAGAAAUGAUCAAAAUAUACAGCUGCAGCAGGUUCUGCAAGCUUUACCAAUUCUUAAAUCUCAAACAUCAAAAUCAGCACAAUCUAAACCACCUCUUAGAAAAAGUUCUAUUAGUUUAAUGAUGAAUAAUCCAGAACUGGAAGAAACAUUUCAAAAACCUACAGAAUCAAAACCAAUCUCAGAACAGCCAAUAACUUCAAAAUUAAAAGAAAAUUCAUCAUCACCUGGUACAAAAUAUGAAAGAGGUAUAGAUUUAAGUAAAAAAGAAAGAGAUAAUAAUAAUGCUAUGAUUGCAGCAGCAGCUUUAUCUGUAGCUGCUGAAAAUCCAUUUCCUAAAAGAGAACAACAACAACAACGAAUUAUAUCGAAAGAAGUUACUACUCCAAUCAUAGCUGAAAAGACAGAGCAAAAAGUAAUAACUGAAAACAUUGCUCCAUUAAAUGAAACACCUAAAUUUAUUGAAAAAGAAGAAAUAACCACACAAAAAGUAGAAGAAAUCCCUCCAUUAUCAUCCUAUCAAGUAGAUGCCGAUUCUGGAUUAAUUGGUUGUAUAUGUGGAUUAGAAGAUGAUGAUGGAUUCACAAUUCAAUGUGAUGUAUGUUUUAGAUGGCAACAUUGUGUAUGUAUGGGAUAUGAAAAUGGUGAUGAAGUUCCAGAAGAUGAAUAUAAAUGUUAUUAUUGUGAUCCAUUAAAAUGGAAUAAAUUUGAUCCUUUAAUUGCAAGAGAAAAAACAUUAAUUAGAUUAGAAAAUGAAAAAAUGGAUCAAGAUGAAAAAGAAAGAGAAGAAACUCAAGAAUUGGAAAAAAAUAAUGAAAAAAUUACUAAUGAAUUGGAAAAAAAAGAACCAGCUAAUAAUAAAAGAAAACAGCUGAAUUCAGAUAAACCGGAAAAGAAACGAAAAUCUGAUGAUAAAGGUACAUCCCCAGUGAAUGCAGAUUCCAAGAAUGAUUCACGUUCACAGCAGCAACAACAACAACAACAACAACAACAACAGCAGCAGCAACCACAACUACAACAAUCACCAACACUUCAAGAACCUCCAAAAUAUGAUGAUUUACCAAAUAAAAACAAUGAACUAUUAGAAGAUGGAAUGACAGCAGAAUCAUAUCAAUCAGUUUAUUAUACAUUAAAAGAUAAUGAUUAUAAAAGAAAAUCAGUUAAAUCUUUUUUAUCAAAUUUAGGUAAAGAAAUAUCACCAGAAAAUUUAUCAGAAUCAACAAAUAUAGAAAUAAUGUCAUUAAAACAAUUUAAAUCAUUACAAUUAAGUCAAAUUAUAAGACCUAAAUAUUUAAAAUAUCUUUCAGAUAAUAAUAAAUUUAAAAAAUUAAAAAAUUUUAAUCAAACUAAAAUUGAAGUUAAACCAUAUACAGAUAAUCAAAAACAAAAAUUUAAUGGGAUAUCAAAAUUAUCAUUAUUUAUAAGUUCAAAUGAUUUAAAAAUUAUACCUGAAAACACUCCAAUAAUAGAAUAUUUAGGAGAAAUUGAUUUUUUUAAAAAUUAUAUUAACGAUAAUAUAAAUCAAUAUCAAUUAUGGGGAACAACAAAACCCAAAGUUUUAAAAACUAGUUUAAAUUUAAAUGACAAAAAUUUUAUUGAUCUUAUUAUAGAUUCAAGAUUUGUUGGAAAUGAAAGUAGAUUUAUUAGAAAAUCAUGUUAUUCAUCAUCAAAUGUUAAAUUAAAAUCAAUAUAUAUACCAGAACAAAAUAAAUUUAAAUUUUUGGUAGUAACAUCAAAACCAAUAAUUUUAAAAGAUGAAAAUUCAAUAGAAGAAUUAAGAUUAACAUGGGAUUGGGAUUUAAAUCAUCCAAUUUUAAAAAUUUCAAAUAAUAAUCAAUUAAAAUUUGAAAAUUUAAAUAAUGAUGAAAAAUCAGCAUUAAUUACUUAUGUUGAUAAUAUUUUACAUUUUGUUGAAUGUGGUUGUUCAACUUUUUCAAAUUAUAAUAAUUGUGCUAUAUUUAAAAUUAAAAAAGCUACAAGUUAUCUUAUGAGAUCAACUAGAAAAGCAAAUAAUAUAAGUAAUAUAAAUUUAACUAAAAAUAAAGAAGAAUUAGUUUUACCAAAACCUGAAAAAAAUUAUAUAAGUUGGGAAAAGAGAUUAAUUGAAAGAGAUUUAAAAUUACAAGAUGAAUUAUUGAACAAAAAACAAACAUCUAUGGAAGAAUCACCAAUUGAAGAUGAAACAACUAAGAAAGAAGUAGAUUCAAAUGAUUCUUAUCUUAUUGAAAAUGAAAAAGCAUCAAAAUUAGAAAAACCAUUGAUAUUUUUAAAACUUCCUUAUAAACAACAAUUAAUAAUGCAAGCUCAAAUAAUUAAACCAAUAGAUUUAAUGGAUAUUGAUAAAGAAGAUGAAAAAAUUAAAAAGGAAGAAGAAAAUGUUGUUGAUGAAAAUGAUGAAGAUGAAGAUGACACAAUUAUUCCAAUACCAAUUAUUGAAAGACAAAAAACAACAAAAAAAUUAUCAUUUUUAGAUUAUAUAGGUCAUGGUAAGAAAUAA